UCUGCGCCCUCCGGCCGGCUCUUGGCCUUUCUGGGCCUCAGUUUCCGCGUCUGUGAAAUGGAGACCGCGCCGCGGGCCCAGCGCUGGGCACGGUCGGUGGUCGCUGUUAGCAUCCCGACGCCCGGUCCUUAGGGACCCGGGCCUGCCUUCCUCCAAGAGCGGCGGACACCGACCCCCGCCUCCUCCCUGGGGGCCGCAGGCCCCGGCCCCCGUCUUCACCUCUCCAGGUCUGAGCUGUGCACCUGCUUGGAGGAAAGGCCUCGCCAGUUCCCAACCCCCAACUCCCCCUCCCAAAAAAGACACUUAGGACGCUAAGUCGAUUAUCCAAACGAUCCCGCCGAGGCCGGUGAGGCAGCGACUUGGGCAUGGCGGACCCGGUGGCGAGCAUCGCCGGCUCCGCGGCCAAGAGCGUGCGGCCCUUCAGCUCGAGCGAGGCCUACGUGGAGGCCAUGAAGGAGGACCUGGCCGAGUGGCUGAACGCCUUGUACGGCCUGGGCCUGCCCGGCGGGGGCGACGGCUUCCUGAUGGGCCUGGCCACGGGCACGACCCUGUGCCGCCACGCCAACGCCGUCACGGAGGCCGCCCGCGCCCUGGCCGCCGCGCGGCCGGCCCACGGCGUGGCCUUCCAGGCGCACGGCGUGGCGCCCGGCUCCUUCGUGGCCCGCGACAACGUGGCCAGCUUCAUCGGCUGGUGCCGCCGCGAGCUGGGCGUGCCCGACGUGCUCAUGUUCGAGACCGAGGACCUGGUGCUGCGCAGGAACGGCAAGAGCGUGGUGCUGUGCCUGCUGGAGGUGGCGCGGCGCGGGGCCCGCCUCGGCCUGCUCGCCCCGCGCCUCGUGCAGCUGGAGCAAGAGAUCGAGCGGGAGCUGCGCGCCGCGCCCGCGGCCGGCACGGACGCCGCCGAGGCCGGGGCCGGGGCCGAGGCCGCCGCCCCGCCGGGGGCUCCGCCCCGCGCGCCCCGCAUGACGCCCAGCGACCUGCGCAACCUGGAUGAGCUGGUGAGGGAGAUCCUGGGCCGCUGCACCUGUCCAGACCAGUUCCCCAUGAUCAAGGUCUCCGAGGGCAAGUACCGCGUGGGCGACUCCAGCUUGCUCAUCUUCGUGCGGGUGCUGAGGAGCCACGUGAUGGUGCGCGUUGGGGGCGGCUGGGACACGCUGGAGCACUACCUGGACAAGCACGACCCUUGCCGCUGUGCCUCCGCUGCCCACCGCCCCGUGCAGCAGAGGGCCCGCACCUUCUCCCCCCAGAGGGUGUCACCCAUCCCCAGCCCCCGCCCUGGCAGCCCAGUCCUCGGGGCUGAACGCCGGGGCUCCAGGCCCGAGGUGACACCUCUUAACCUGCGAAGCACAAAGGAGGGGCCCGAGACCCCGCUCAGGCCCCGCGAUCAGCUGCCCCCCAACCCCCGCUCCCGCCGCUACUCUGGGGACAGCGACUCCUCCGCCUCCUCGGCCCAGAGCGGUGCCCGCGGUGACGACACAAGCGCCGGCCCCAGGAGGGAGCGGCCCAGCCGGCGGCUGACCACAGGCACCCCGGCCUCCCCACGGCGGCCCCCUGCCCCACGCAGCCAGUCCCGAGACCGGCUGGACCGGGGGCGGCCCCGUGCGGCCCCAGGAGGCAGGGGCGCCCAGGUGGCCGCCCCCGGCCCUGCCCGGCGGGCCCGGAGCCAGAGCCGGGAAGAGCAGGCUAUACUGCUGGUGCAGCGGGACCGGGACGGGCAGCACUCGUGGGUGCCCCGGGGCAGGGUCAGUGGGGGCUCGGGCAGGAGCACCCCCCAGACGCCCCGCGCCCGCAGCCCUGCGGCACUGCAGACGCCCCGCGCCUCCAGCCCCGGGCCCGCUCUGGGCACCACGCCUGCCAGUGUCUUCCGCACACCCCUGCAGCUGGACCCGCAGCAGGAGCAGCAGCUGUUCCGGCGCCUGGAAGAGGAGUUCCUGGCCAACGCCCGGGCCCUGGAGGCUGCCGCGGGCCGGACCCCCGCCGGACCGGCCCCUGACUCGGCUCGGGCCCCAGACCCCCCGGCCCCCGACUCGGCCUACUGUUCCUCCAGUUCCUCCUCCUCCUCCCUCAGCGUCCUAGGUGGCAAGUGUGGCCAGCCUGGGGACUCCGGGCGGACGGCCAACGGGCUGCCAGGGGCCCGCAGCCAGGCCCUGUCCAGCUCCUCGGAUGAAGGCAGCCCCUGCCCCGCCCCUGGGGGGCCUCCGGACGCGCUGGGGAGUCCCCUGGCUGGCCCAGAGCCCUCGAGGACCUGGGCACGGGGCCGCAUGGACACACAGCCAGACCGCAAACCUUCACGCAUCCCCACGCCGCGGGGCCCCCGCCGCCCGUCUGCACCCCCCGACUUGGGGGCCUGGCCUGCCCUGCACCCCGGCACCCCCAGGGCUGAGCCCGGUUCCUGAACGCGAGAGACCACUCCGGCCGCCCCCAGACCCCGUUCCUUGUCCUCUUCCUCCGUGGCCUUAACCCCCCUCUGCAUCAGGGAGCCCCCUAGGCCUCUUGAGCACAGACCUCAUGGGACCAGACCCCUCGGGACCACUCGGCACGAUGGGACCUCUGUUGUACAUUCCGGUUGAGGGAUGAGUGUUGCUAUUUAAUUACUAAUAUUAUUGAAUGCCUUAGAGGAGCCGGGCCUGCCCGGUGUUCUGAGGACCUGUGGUCCGGCAGAGCCUCUGACAGUAAAAGUUUUGCU